AUGAGUGUCAGAGUCGUCUCCAGGAUACGGCCCCUGCUCGAAAAGGAGCGAGAAUGUGAUAUUAUCGUUCGAGCCGACACCGUCGAUUCCAGCAAGCCCAACACCGUGGUCAAGAUCCCCAACCCCAAGAACGAGGCUGAGGAGUUUUCCUUCGCGUUCAAUGGCGUCUACGACCGAGCUACGACACAGGAGGAAUUGUUUACUGCUGAAGUGGCACCUCAUGUCAAGUCUCUCUUCCAGGGCUACGAUGUCACAAUAUUCGCGUAUGGCGUCACCGGUACAGGUAAAACACAUACAAUGAGAGGCGGUAUGAAGCUGGCAGACCGUGGGGUGAUUCCUCGGAUGCUCAGCAACGUCUUCCGGAGAGGCAAGAAGAUUAUGAAGGACACCAAGGGUGAAACCGACGUCCAGGUCUUCCUGUCUUACUACGAGAUCUACAACGACAAAGUCUACGAUCUCCUCGAGCCACCGGAGAAGCGAACACCAACUGGCCUAUCACUACGCGCCGAGGCCAGCGGCAAAACCGUCGUGGUCGGUCUCUCGGAGCGAGCUUGUGAAGAUCUCAAGGACUUUGAGAAGAUGUAUAUCGAGGCCAACAACAACCGCGUCACGGCGUCUACCAAGCUCAACGCCCAUAGCAGUCGCAGUCACGCUAUCCUACGUGUCAAGCUGGUACAGACGACUUCAAACGCGGUCCAGGAGAGCACAGCAUCAGCCAUUGACUUGGCUGGAUCUGAAGACAACCGCAGAACUGACAAUGGAAAGGAGAGGUUGGUGGAAUCUGCAGCCAUCAACAAGAGUCUCUUUGUUCUGAGUCAAUGUAUCGACGCGAUUGGCCGUGGUGAUAAGAGGAUACCAUAUCGAGAGUCCAAGAUGACUCGUAUCUUAUCCCUGGGCCAAAACGAUGGCAUCACGAUAAUGAUCCUGAACCUGUCGCCUCUGCGAAGCUAUCACCUGGAUACCCUAAGCAGUCUGAAUGUCAGCUCUCGAGCCAAGCGAAUUGAGGUCAGGGAGAUUGAGAAUGAGAUUGUGUACAAGCAAGUUCCUAGGGCGAACUCAGGGCUCUCAGGCUCUAGUAUCCCACGCCAGCCUCUGCGCCCGCUGGCUAACCUUACGAAUGUCCACAAUGGCAAUGUUGCCGCCAAGGCUGCCGACAAGGUCGCCGCCGACAAGCCUGUGAAGGCCUUCAGCGUCUACACUGAUAAGUCAAAGCCAGCAGCGCCUGUCAGCCGUCCCUUGGUGAACUCCAACCUCGCCCGCAGGACCAACCCGAUCAAGCGGCCUUCUGAAAACGAUGCCGUUAUGAGACCCAGCAAGAUCUCAAGACCUACUGCCCCAGCUUCCAUCACUGUCUCUGCUGCUCAGAUCGAGGCUAUGGUGGAGAAAAAGGUCAGCGAGAUCCUUGCUGCUCGGAUUGCAGCUGAGAAGGAGUCGCAACCGCCACCAACAAUUCAGCCUGAGAUUAGCGAUGCUGUCCAGAAACGAUUAGAGGCUCUUGAGAAGCGAAUUGACAGCGACGAAUGGCGAGAGGAUUCCAAGUCGGACGGUUUGCGGUUCCUCCUUGCUGCUCGGCAACACAAGGAGCGGGGUGAGGACGAUAUCGCUCUCAAGAUGUAUGAAAAGGCCUUGCCUUUCUUCCCUGGACAAGCGAAAUUGCUCAACAAGAUUGAGAGACUACGAUCGCGGAUGAACGGAAACGCUCCCGUGCCUUCUCCUCGCCGAGAAUCUCCCCGCUCGGAGCGAAAGAAGCGAAGAUUCGUCUACGACGAUGCGGAUGGCAACUAUGAGACCGCUGAGGCAGAUGUGGAUGAAGACGAAUUUGCUCAAGCGGCAAAGCCCAAGGCUCGAAAGCUGAAAGUCAAGGCUCUUGCUACCAAAUCCAUUCUUUCAGGCGAAGACGAGGGUCCUGCAUCGCCUCGCACGCAACACCUUCUUGACAUUGUCAACUCGCGUGAUCUCGACCAAAUCCGAAGCUUGGUCGGCUUCGGCGCAAAGAAGGCCCGUGAUCUGGUCGAUUACCUCGAGCUUGUCAACGAUGACGAGGCUGGUGGCCGCAUCGAUAGCCUUGCUCAGCUGAGGACGGUGCCGGGCAUGGGAAGCCGAACGGUAGAGAGGGCUUAUGGAGGGCUUGCAGUUUGA